UAGAUCGGAACGCUCUCCCCCAAAUACCGGCCAGUCCUUAUCCGUUCUCCACCUCCAUGGCAUCGUCCGCACUCCGUCUGCAGCAUGCUGCACGCUACUCUUCGCUCCCCUUUCUGUACCCGUGCCGCGCCACGUCAUCAGGUCCGACACGGAGGGCCAUGAUGUCAGCUUACAACCCCCGGAGCGCAAACGAGGACGCUGCACCCGUUUUGCACGACCCAGUGCCGAAGGUUAUACCCUCCGCCACCACACUGUCAUCGGACGCCGCGGCCCCGCAGACGGUCGCUCGCCCACCACCUGCCCCCAAGGCCGAGAAACCUCGGCCUGUGCUUCGGGCGACGAAAGCGGCGCUGACCAUCACCCCUGCUGCCGUGCUGCGUCUACGCGGUCUGCUGAACGGCCCCACUCCGCAACAUAUCCGCAUCGGAGUCAGGAAUAAGGGCUGCGCGGGCCUGUCGUACCACCUCGAAUACGUCGACAAGCCCGCAAAGUUCGAUGAGGUGGUCGAGCAGGACGGCGUGAAGGUUAUCAUCGACAGCAAGGCGCUGUUCUCUAUAAUAGGCAGCGAGAUGGACUGGGCGGAGGAUCCACUGAGCGCCAAGUUUGCGUUCAAGAACCCGAACAUCAAGGACGCUUGUGGUUGCGGGGACUCUUUCACGGUGUAGAACGGUCGUGCUCGAUGGUAUUUGUAUCACGCGUUUAUAAUAAUUUGUAUCUAUACUAGACACGAACAGGUUCAACCCCUCCCAUAC